AUGCUUAAGUACGAAGACCCAUUGUGGGAAUGCUAUUUAGAGAAAAUCACUACACAGGAACUUAAAAUUGCAUAUGUUGCUGGUUGUCGAUCACAAUCGGUGUGUGCACUGAUGCAAAGUUUAGGGAGCGGGAGGAAGAGAAGUGACUACACCAACUGUGUAGAGUGUUGUAACUCGGCCCCAACCACCGAACACGGACCUUGUAACGCUAAUCUAUGCGGAGAAAAGGGUGUAUCAAAAUCUGGAUGCUUAGUCUGUGACGAUCUUGUUAGAACGGAGGACGGAUGCACAAAUCGCCAAGUGUGUCAAGAUACACAAGUAUUUGUUUCUGAACACAGACUAAUAAUUUCUUGA